CAAGCUGUUGCGACACUUGUGAGAUCACUGCGAGUGCUGCCAGUGUUGCUGGCGGCCAAAAUUGGGGUGCCUCAAGAGGUCUUGCCACGGCGCAGGCGGGCGAAACACCGGAGCCCCAGCAACGCCGCAGGCUCCACCCCGCCAGGAGAUCCACCCCAGGUUGUCCACAAGGGCUGAGGCAGGCCUGUCAACUCGGCCAUGGCAUUUCUGCCGCCAGUGGUAUGCGCCGGCCGGGCGGCCGACUAUGGCGGGCGCUGGACUCUCCUGCUCAUCCUGGCCACCCUCACAGCCAUGCUGCUGGGAUUCAAUUAUGGUUACGAUUUGGGAGUCACGGGCGGCGUGACGGGCAUGAAGCCCUUCCGUGCCUACUUCUUCCCCUCCUUUGAGGGCGGCGAGAAGGGCCUGUGGUGCCACUUCUCCGACCCCUACCUGCAGCUCGUCACAUCCACCGCCUACAUUGCCUCUGUCCCCGCCACCUUUCUUGCCUUCUGGCUGCACGGCUGGGGCAGCCGCGUGGUGGUGCUGUUCCUGGGCGGCGUGGCGUACACCAUCGCUGCUGCGGUACAGUCCACCUCUCAGAACCUGGGCAUGCUGUACACGGGGAGGGCCAUCGUGGGCGUCGGCAUGGCCUUUGGCAACCAGGCCGCCCCGGUUUACAUGAGCGAGAUGGCGCUGCCCAAGUCCCGGGGGCUGCUCACCUCCUCCUACCAGUUUGCUGUCGUGAUAGGCGUUCUGACUGCCCAGCUCAUCAACUACGGCACGGGAAAGAUGGCGGACAAUGGGUGGCGCAUCUCGCUGGCGGCGUUUGGGCUGCCCAGCCUGCUGGUCCUGAUGUGGAGCCCGUUCCUUCCAGACACACCCGGAUCGCUCCUCUCCCGCGGCAAACAGAAGGAGGCCAAGCGCACGCUCGAGCGGCUGCGGGGCACCCAGGAUGUGGAGCUGGAGUGGGAGGAUAUGGUUGAUGAGAUAGAGGGUGAGGAGGCGCAGCGGCGGCGCGCCAUGCAGGCCCCCCACCUCUCCUCGCACAACAGGUUCCAGCGCAGCCAGCUGGCGGGCACAAUCAAGUGGGCGUGGGGCUACUGCGCGCACCUCACCAUCUGCUUCAUGCUGGGUGCCUUCCGCACGCUGACGGGCAACCCCCUGCUGCUGUUUUACGCGCCGGAGCUCUUCCAGACGCUGGGCACGAGCCAGGACUACUCUCUGCUGUCGGCAGUGACCCAGGGCGGGGCCAAAGUGUUUGGCAACGUGAUGGCAAUCAUCCUUGUGGAUCGAGUGGGGCGCAAGAAGCUGCAGCUCUUCGGCGGGGUCGGCCAGCUCGUGAUGCAGAUUGCGGCGACCCUGAUCACCGCGGUGUGGUUUGGCAACGAGGAGAUUGACGACAGCGACGCGUGGGCGCUCACAGUGGUGCUGUGCCUGUUCGAAGUGUUCUUCGAGAUCAGCAUCGCCACGCUGAGCUGGGUCAUCGCCUGCGAGAUCUGCCCGCUGGAGAUCCGCUCCGUGGGCGCCGGCUUCCACUGCAUGGGCGACCUGAUGCUGCAAAUCCUGUUCUCCCAGCUCAACCUCACCAUGAUGUGCUAUAUGGAGUACGGCGUAUUCAUCAUGGCUGCCGGCUUCUGCAUCCUCUUCAUCCUGUUCUCGCUCUUCCUCAUCCCUGAGACCAAGGGGGUGCCGCUGGAGCAGGUGCAAGAGGUGCUGCGCACGCACUGGCUGUGGGGGCGCAUGCAGCCCAACGGCGGCGCCCCAGGCAGCGGCCGCGCAGAGCCGACGGCAUCUGGGGAGGUGGAAUUAGGUGAGCCAGCCAAGGUGCGCUCCACUGGGCAGCCGGGAGAAGUGGAGGGCAGCGAGGCUAAGGCCUGA